GGAGACACUGAUUUUUAGUUUUAACUAUAUUUAACAAUAAAAAUAUUGCUUGAAUCGAAGACAGAGCGAGCAAACAUAAAAUAUAGACACACUGUAGACUCCAAGAAAGGAAGACGGAGAGUUUCUGGGAGUGAGAUUGGUCAGUUUGGUUGCAAAACCAAUCAAUCUCUUCAUCUCUCUUCAUCCUCCCCCCUCCCCCUCUCUGAUCUUUCUUUGCAAGUUUAAAUAUGGGUCUUCCGACACAUACAGCUCAAAACGGCAACGGUUCCCUUGAUACAGGCAAUGCCCGUCUCAAAGAGCUUGGCUACAAACAAGAGCUUAAGCGUGACCUCUCGGUGUUUUCGAAUUUUGCGUUUUCGUUUUCGAUCAUAUCAGUGUUGACUGGUAUAACCACGCUUUACAAUACUGGACUCAAUUUUGGAGGGCCAGUUUCAUUGCAAUAUGGAUGGUUCAUAGCUGGUGGGUUCACCAUGAUUGUUGGGUUAUCCAUGGCUGAAAUUUGCUCUUCUUAUCCAACUUCUGGUGGUCUCUACUACUGGAGUGCAAAGCUUGCUGGUCCUAAUUGGGCACCCUUUGCAUCUUGGAUAACAGGCUGGUUCAACAUUGUUGGUCAGUGGGCUGUUACAACCAGUGUAGAUUUCUCACUUGCACAGCUGAUUCAGGUUAUCAUUCUCCUUAGCACAGGUGGAAAAAAUGGUGGUGGAUAUCAAGCAUCAAAAUAUGUAGUUAUUGCUAUACAUGGAGGAAUUUUACUCCUGCAUGCUGCGCUAAAUAGUCUUCCCAUAUCGGUCUUAUCUUUCUUCGGGCAGCUGGCUGCUGCCUGGAAUCUUGUAGGUGUUCUUGUUCUUAUGAUUCUCAUUCCCCUUGUUGCAACGGAGAGGGCUAGUGCCAAGUUUGUGUUUACACACUUCAACACUGAUAAUACGGAUGGAAUCAAUAGCAAAGCUUACAUUUUCGUUCUGGGACUUCUGAUGAGUCAGUAUACCCUCACUGGGUAUGAUGCAUCUGCUCAUAUGACAGAGGAAACUAAGAAUGCUGAUAAGAAUGGACCAAAAGGAAUAAUUAGCGCCAUCGGGAUAUCGGUUAUAUUUGGAUGGUUUUACAUAAUUGGUAUCACCUUUGCGGUUACCAACAUCUCUUCUCUCUUGAGUGAAGAUAAUGAUGCUGGUGGUUAUGCCAUUGCUGAAAUAUUUUACCAAGCUUUUAAGGGAAGAUAUGGCAAUGGGGUUGGGGGCAUUAUUUGUCUGGGAGUGGUUGCUGUUGCCAUAUUUUUCUGUGGCAUGAGUUCAGUUACAAGCAACUCUAGGAUGGUUUAUGCGUUUUCUAGAGAUGGAGCCAUGCCACUCUCAUCACUUUGGCACAAAGUGAACAAUCAGGAGGUUCCCAUAAAUGCCGUUUGGCUCUCUGCGGUCAUAUCUUUCUGCAUGGCAUUGACGUAUCUCGGAAGCGAGGUGGCUUUUCAGGCCAUGGUAUCUAUAGCUACUAUUGGACUGUACAUUGCUUACGCCCUACCCAUAUUCUUCCGGGUGACUUUGGCACGCAAGUCCUUUAUUCCGGGACCAUUCAAUUUGGGUCGCUAUGGUGUCCUGGUUGGUUGGAUUGCAGUCCUUUGGGUAGCAACCAUCUCAAUCCUCUUCUCAUUGCCUGUAACCUACCCCAUCACUAACGAGACACUCAAUUACACUCCCGUCGCUGUUGGUGGUUUGUUAAUCCUUACCAUUUCUUCUUGGAUCUUGUGGGCUCGUCAUUGGUUCAAAGGUCCUAUAACCAAUGUAGAAAGCUAAAUAUGCAGAGUGAUAUUUUCAUUUCUUAGAAAUAUUAUUUUUUAUCUUGCAUGUAUAUACUACGUGUCAAAGAAAGAUACGUUUGAAGGAAUGACAUUGAACUGGUUCUAACGAGGAUACUCAUCCUAUCAUGAAGGAAGAAACCUUGAUCAGAUUUCCAAGGGAAUAAGAUUUCGCAGUUGACAGCAGAUUAGCAAGUUGAUGAAGAUUCAGAAAGUCCAUUUGAACACUGCUCAAACGAGUUAGAACAUGGUUAAAUUUACUUCCCAUAUAAUUGUCUGAUCAAUCCGGUGCACUUACAGAAGAAAUCAAGAAAUUGUGGCAAACAAUUAAUAA